UCGGCGGCGGCAGCGACAGGAUGCGGACGGGCCGCGGCGCGGCGGGGGCGGGCGGGGAGGCGGCGGCCGAGGAGGAGGCGGCCGAUGCAGCCAAGCGCGGCGGAGCGGCGGCGGGGCGGGCGCGGGGCCGCGGCGGGAAGGGGUCCCCGAACGGUGAGUGCCGGCGGGGGGAGCCGCCGCGCAGCCCCGGCCCGGAGACCCCCCGCGAGCCCAAGGUCUCCUUCUCCUGCGGCGGCGGCGGCGCGUCCCCCGCCGGGGCGAAGGCAGCCGAGGAAGGCGCGGGCGAGGAUGCGGGCGAGGAGGCCCGCGGCAGCCAGGCCAGCUUCAUGCAGCGGCAGUUCGGGGCGAUGCUCCAGCCCGGCGUCAACAAGUUCUCGCUGCGGAUGUUCGGCUCCCAGAAGGCGGUGGAGCGGGAGCAGGAGCGUGUCAAGUCGGCGGGGGCCUGGAUCAUCCACCCCUACAGCGACUUCAGGUUUUACUGGGAUUUCACGAUGCUGCUCUUCAUGGUGGGCAACCUGAUUAUCAUUCCUGUGGGCAUCACCUUCUUCAAGGAGGAGACCACGGCACCCUGGAUUGUGUUCAAUGUGGUCUCUGACACCUUCUUCCUGAUGGACUUGGUGCUGAACUUCCGGACAGGAAUUGUCAUUGAGGACAACACAGAAAUCAUCCUGGACCCUGAGAGGAUAAAGAAGAAGUACCUCAAGACCUGGUUUGUGGUGGACUUUGUCUCCUCCAUCCCUGUGGACUACGUCUUCCUCAUUGUGGAGAAGGGCAUAGACUCAGAGGUGUACAAGACAGCCCGUGCCCUCCGCAUUGUCCGCUUCACCAAGAUCCUCAGCCUCCUACGGCUCCUGCGCCUUUCCCGGCUCAUCCGCUACAUCCACCAGUGGGAGGAGAUUUUCCACAUGACCUACGACCUGGCCAGCGCAGUGAUGAGGAUCAUCAACCUCAUUGGCAUGAUGCUGCUGCUCUGCCACUGGGAUGGCUGCCUCCAGUUCCUCGUGCCCAUGCUGCAGGACUUCCCCAAGAACUGCUGGGUCUCCAUCAAUGGGAUGGUGAAUGACUCCUGGAGUGAGCUCUACUCCUUCGCCCUCUUCAAGUCCAUGAGCCACAUGCUCUGCAUCGGCUACGGGAAGCAGGCGCCUGAGAGCAUGACGGACAUCUGGCUGACGAUGCUGAGCAUGAUUGUGGGGGCCACCUGCUACGCCAUGUUCAUCGGCCACGCCACUGCCCUCAUCCAGUCACUGGACUCCUCCCGGCGCCAGUACCAGGAGAAGUACAAGCAGGUGGAGCAGUACAUGUCCUUCCACAAGCUGCCAGCUGACUUCCGCCAGAAGAUCCAUGACUACUAUGAGCACCGCUACCAGGGCAAGAUGUUCGACGAGGACAGUAUCCUGGGGGAGCUCAAUGAGCCCCUGCGUGAGGAAAUUGUGAACUUCAACUGCCGCAAGCUGGUGGCCUCGAUGCCACUGUUCGCCAACGCAGAUCCCAACUUCGUCACGGCGAUGCUCACCAAGCUGAAGUUUGAGGUGUUCCAGCCGGGCGACUACAUCAUCCGUGAGGGCACCAUCGGCAAGAAGAUGUACUUCAUCCAGCACGGUGUGGUCAGCAUCCUCACCAAGGGCAACAAGGAGAUGAAACUCUCUGAUGGCUCCUACUUUGGAGAAAUCUGCCUGCUGACCCGCGGCCGGCGCACGGCCAGCGUCCGGGCUGACACCUACUGCCGCCUCUACUCUCUCUCCGUGGACAACUUCAACGAGGUGCUGGAGGAGUACCCCAUGAUGAGACGGGCCUUUGAGACUGUGGCCAUCGACCGCCUUGACCGCAUCGGAAAGAAGAACUCAAUCCUGCUCCACAAAGUGCAGCACGACCUCAACUCGGGCGUCUUCAACAACCAGGAGAACGAGAUCAUCCAGGAGAUCGUCAAGUACGACCGGGAGAUGGUGCAGCAGGCGGAGCUGCAGCAGCACACGGCCAUGUACAGCCCCGUCCAGCCCCAGGUCACCUCCGCCAUCGCCACCCUCCAGCAAGCCGUCGCCAUGAGCUUCUGCCCACAGAUGGCCAGCCCGCUGGUGGGCUCCAUGGCCCUGGGCUCGCCCCGCAUGAUGCGCCGCUUGCAGUACGCCCAGGCCGUGCCCAGCCCCUUCGCCGUCUCCCCCGUCUUGCUGCAGCAGAGCCCCCCGCAGCAGCCGCAGCCCCCUGUGCCCCACGCCAACCCCUCACCCUCGCAGGAACAGACACAGCCCACGGCCCUGCCCGCCUCCACCAGCGCCUUCACCACUGCCGCUGCCAGCCCGCCGUCCCAAAGCCCCCUGGCCAGCCGGACGUUCGCCUACGGGGGCUCGCCAGGGCUGGGGUCGCAGCUCUCGCUGGGGCAGCAGCCAGCCCCUCCCUCGCCCCAGCGCCUGGCCGCCCACAAGAGCACGCAGGCGCUGCACACCAGCAGCCUCAGCCAGGAUUCGCGGCCGCUCUCAGCCUCGCAGCCCUCGCUGCCCCACGGGCUGGUGGCCGGCAGCACCCAGAGCCCCCCGGCCUCGGCCCGCGAGUCAUGCGCCUCCAUCGGGGGGGGCCCGGCCGCCUCGCCAGGCCCUGGGCCCCCGGCUGGCCUGCGGGCUCAGGUGCCCUCUCGGGGAGUCCCAGCCCACCCGGCACCAGCGGGCGCGGUGCACGGGGGGCCACCCGCGCUGCCGCAGGACUCGGCGGCUGCCCACAAGGAUUCGGCAGCCAGCACCCCCGACACGGACCCGGCCAAGGCCAGGCUGUCUUCCAACUUGUGACCUCUGCACCAGGCGCUGGGACAAGCGCAUCGGAGGGGGCUGCGACCACCCCUCCCCGGGUGCCUCCCCCUGCCACCCACCUGCCCCACUCCCUGGCGUUGCCCCCCCCAGAGCUGGGCAGCUGUCGGGUGGGUAUGGGGUCCCAGUGCCCCCCCAACAUGGUGGGGGCUGGACUCAGCCCCCUCGGCUUUGAUGCCACUGACCAAAGUCUGGCCCCAUCUCCCACUCCCCACGGUGAAGCUCUGCUGCCCCCCCCAGUUGCCCCAUAGAAGCCACAGCUGCAUCACCCUCGUGAUCAACUCUGUGUAUGAUAUAUAGAUAUAUAUGCAUAUGCCCUGAGUACAUCCCUGUUUGUGCAUCUGCAGGACACCUCCCCGGGACUUUAGGCACACUGUCCUGUCCCGGUGCCUGUGCGUGUCCCUGCCUCCCCUCCCACCGCCCCACGGCGAGGGGUGACAGUCCAGAACUGGAGGUAAGUUGGGGCAGGGGGUCUGAGGGACAGUCACCCUGUGCUUGCAAGCCCCCCACGCACAGGCCAUCCCCCAGGGCUGGGGACAACACAGCCCCGUGUCCCCAUAGUCACUGUUAGGACAGAGACAGACACUGGAGCCUGAGACCUGGGCCCUGGGGUGCCCCAUGGGGGGGUCCAGGCUGGGGAGGGCAGGCACUGCAUGUGUGUGUGCACACUCACAGGUGCACACGUGUGUGUGCCUCUGCCCAGUGCUCCAGAGCCUUCCACAGUGAAUGUACCACCCCGAGGGGCCACACACCCCCAACCCCCGGCGGGACACCCCCACUCCCAGGUCACCUUCCAUCCAGCUCCUCCUGUGCAAUAAACAUCAGCGACUGACAGAG